AUGAAUCGAUGGAGUGAAUGGAGGGAGUUAGAAAGCGAUCCAGGAAUUUUCACGCUUUUAAUCGARGAAUUCGGUGUUAAAGGUGCACAAGUUGAAGAGAUUUAUGACUUGUCUAAGCCUAUUAAAGGCACUGUGUAUGGAUUUAUUUUCCUGUUCAAGUGGAUUGAAGAAAGAAGAUCCAGACGUAAAAUCUUACCUUUAGAUGAAACAUUUGUUGAAAAUGAGGAAAUCGUAAAUGAUAUCUUCUUUGCUCAACAGGUCAUCCCCAAUUCUUGUGCCACUCACGCUCUAUUGAGUGUUCUUCUGAACUGCCCACAUGUCGAUCUUGGUGAAAGUGUCAGCAAACUGAAAGAUUUUUCAAAGAAUUUUAACCCAGAGAAUAAAGGUCAUGUCAUUGGAAAUCUACCUGAACUGGCCAUUUCUCACAAUAAAUUUGCAAGACCAGAAGCRAAGCAGCUUCCUGAGAAGACAAACUCAGUUUCAUCAGURAGRGCAAUGGAGGCUUUCCAUUUUGUCAGUUAUGUCCCCAUAAAAGGAAGAUUGUUUGAAUUAGAUGGAUUGAAGCCUUUUCCCAUUGAUCAUGGGCCCUGGGGUGAACAUGAAGAUUGGACAGAAAAGUUUCGCAGAGUAAUAACUGAAAGACUUGGCAUUGCAACUGGAGGGGAACCUUUCCAUGAUAUUCGAUAUAAUCUCAUGGCUGUUGUCAGUGAUAGGAUACUUGGUUUUGAGGAAAGACUGGGAAAUCUCAAUGAAGACAGGGAAAGAAUUCUUGGUAAAGCCAAAGAGCUUGUUGAAGCCAAUAAGUCAAAAACAGACAGCCCUUCAGAUGACAGUAAACUCAAUGGAACAUCUAACGACACUACACAAGAUAUAAGCCAGCAACCUCAGAAUAGUUUACAUAAAGAAGAUCCAUCAGCACUGAUGCCACCACCGCCGCCACCAGGAGAACAAAUGACUARCGAUCCACCUAUUUCCACGCAUCCUUCCACUAAUACUUCUACAUCUACAAACUAUUCAUCAAUUUUUACAGCAUCUACUACUUCAUCACAUCCCAUAACAGCUACCAUAGCAACAUCAAAUUCCCCAGUAAUGACCAUGGUAACACCAACAACAAUAUCCGUGGCAACACCAUCUGUAUCCAUAGCAACAUCAUCAUCAGUUUCCAUAUCAACAUCCAGUACAGUGCCAAGUCAAGAUACGUCAAGAGGUGGAAAGGGAGCUCAAGCAACAGGAAUAUCUAGUAACAAUAUUUCAGAUGUUAAAAUGAAAAGCGAAAGACCUGACUCUCCUGUCCAAGUUACUAAUUCUGAUCAUGAAGCAAGUGGGGAAACAACAGAAACUUGCCCUUCUGAAGAUCAACAAGACUAUGAAGAAACAUUCUCCGACUUUGAGGAUUUUUAUGGAAGUUCAAAAGAAAAAUCUUCCAAAUCAAAAGAAAAAGAAGAGUCAAAACCAGAGAAAAGUCCAACAGAACUUAUGCUAGAAGAAUUGAAAGAUCUAUCAAACACCUCACACGAAGCAAAGGCAUUGGCAGUACAACUUCAUGAAGUUGAAAGAGAAAUUACAAAUUGUGAAACUGGGAAGAGAGAAGAGACUGAUAAACGGAAAAAGUAUUAUGUAGAUCAUUGUCGUCGUACUCAUAACUACGACCCAUUUGUAUGCACCUUUCUCACUAUGUUAGCAGAACAAGGACAGCUGGCUCAGUUAGUUGAACAACAAGCUUCCCUUAAACGUCGAAUAGCUCAAAGUGUUGCACAGAAGAAACACGUAAAGCGAGCAUACAAGAGACGAAAUAAUAAAUAAAACCAAGGUGACUGACAUACAUGUCAAUCAAAAACUCCUCUCUACCCUUAAAGAAAAACACUACCAAAGUAUGGUUUAGUCUUUCCAUAACCACGGCAACUUUGACUGCAAUACGAGACAACUGAAAGAUAUAUGUAAAUAGUAGAUGUAAUAUAAUAUAAUAAAAUGUUACUGUUUUACAUGGUA